AUGUCCAAGAAAGUAGCAAUAAUCGGCGCCGGCCCCUCAGGCCUAGUCACAGCCAAAACUCUUCUUCAUAAUUUCCCGCGCGGGACAUUCUCUCCAAUCAUCUUCGAGGGCCAAAACAAAGUCGGGGGUCUGUGGUCAAGUCAUUGUUCUCCCAAUCGGGUCAAUGGCCCCCCGGUUACACUAGACCCUCGAAUGCGGACCAACCUCAGCCGCUUCACCGUUGCUUUUUCGGAUCUUGCCUGGGAGUCUGUGAUUUCCGACACGGAUGUUCCGGUUUUUCCUCAGGCGACACAGGUUGGAGAGUACCUAGCCUAUUAUGCAGAGCGGUAUGUUCCAGCCCAUGUGCUUAGGCUAGGGAGUAGAGUAGUAAGAACUAUACGGAGGGUUGAGGAUGGUGAUGUGAAGUGGAACAUUCAGUGGAUCGAGGAGAGUGCGGAGGAAACUCAUCCGGGAUCACUGGACGAUGGAGUGUCUUCGGAAGAUUUUGACCUGCUUGUCAUCGCCUCUGGAUACUUUGCCCAGCAGUAUAUUCCAAAUAUACCAGGUCUAAGCCAAUUCCAAGGUCAAAUCAUCCACAGCUCUUUGCUCCAUUCUGAGCGAGAGCAGCUGCCUUUUAACAAAACAAAAGAUGCGAAUGGUCAGAUCGUCGUCAUUGGCGGCAGUAUGUCAGGCGUCGAAGCUGCAUCUGCUGUAGCUCUCCACCAAUCCUCAUCUGCACUUUCCACAAACAGAAUCCCACAUCCCCAAGAGACAAAGGUACAUCAUAUACAUUCAAGACCGUUCUGGGCGUUACCAACCUAUCUCCCACACGAGGCUUCCGACGGGAUUCCAUCGUUCUUGCCGUUGGAUUUGGCCAUGUACGACCUGGGUCGCCGACCACCGGGUCCAAUAGAAUACACCUUGGGCCCGGUCCCAGAAGAACGAGCAGUCAAGAUGAACAGUUACUUCCACUCCUUGCUCGGCAGCGACUACGAGAAAUAUGCGCACAUGGGUUCACCACAUCACGAACAAUCCAGAGCUCAGCCACCAUGGGUCGCCAUAGGCAAUGAUUACGCCGAGUUCGUCCGAUGCGGAGCGAUUCAACCAUCGAUAGGCCGAGUGACUUGUAUAAAUUCUGAUCCAAAUACUAAACAAGCUUCAGUCCAAUACAAAGGGCCCGACGGGGUCAAGACGAUAGAAAAUGUGGCAGCGAUAGUCAUGGCCACAGGGUUCACACCGUACAAGUCCCUGUCAUUGCUACCAGAUGAAGUAUUGACGACCCUUGAAUACUCCAAGACGGAUCCCUUCUCACCAUUGAUUCUCGACAAGGGAGGCACCAUCCGCUCUGAAAUCCCCGACGUCGGAUUCGUCGGGUUCUACCGUGGCCCGUACUGGGGCGUGAUGGAAAUGCAAGCGCGAUUCCUUGGGAAACUAUGGAGUGGGGAGAACAAGGCGUGCGAAACGAACGACCAGAAGGAAAGUCUUCGCAGUCUCAGAUGCGCACACCCGGAUCUGGACCGUGGUCAGUUCCCCAUGGCCGACUAUGUCGGACUGAUGGAGUCAUUUUCCAAGGAUCUGGAUAUUACGCGAUCCGCACUGCUAGGCGACCCCAGGUCUGGACCUGUUGUUCCAGCGAGGUAUCUCUACGAUCCAACAGAUACUGAGGCGGAGAAGACACUGGGUGCUUUGCGUGAUGCUCUUGUGCCUGGUCACGUAGCACAAAAGGCCGCCGCGUCGGCUAUUUUCCGGGCUCUGCAUGGGAUGUGGAAGUUUUCCAAGCAAACAGGUGGACGUGAAAUCUCCGGGACUCUAGCUUUCUACCCGCGGUACCCCACUAGCCCGAUGUAUGACAGGGAGUAUGUCUGUGUGGAAACAUUUGUGGGCUCGGGGGAACAGCAACACACCAUGCGUUUAGCAGAGGCGGGAUUUGACGCCACCAGAAUUGAGAUCUGGUUGGGGGUGGAUAAGUCAGCUGGUCGGCUUACCCAGGUUUGGGAGUUGACGCCGCUCUGUCAAGAAAAGAAUGAGACUGGAUAUGUGAUAUCCGCCAAGGGUUUUGAUUCUGUCGAAUAUCUGUACACCUUUCAUUUCAAAGGGGUAUCCAUAUUGUCCUGGGAAUGUGUUGAAGGUUUUGAUAUGGGAAGAACCGAAGGAAGUUCCUAUUCCUACGUAAGAGACUCGUGA